CUGACUUCAGUGAGCUGCACAUAUGAAGUGAGCAGAAAAGAAAACUCACAGGCCAGUUAGCUUGAGGUCAUCUGCUGUCCACCUGCAUAACGUCUGCCAUCGGAGGGAAGGGUACAAAGAUGAGGGCCGUGGUGUUUGCUUUGUGUCUUACAACAGCGUGUGCUUUGUCAGUGUUUCACCAUCCUUACUUCAACUCUCCGUCUGACUGCAUUGAAGACAGUGGGAUGUUUUACCAGAACCAGGUCUUCCAGAAUGGCUUCUACAUUUACAAGUUUGUCCACGUGUACCCGCCUGGCCGUUACUUCAUAACCAAGGGACACGAUUCUGACCAAGAGGCGGAGACCUCCAUGACCGAGAACGUCUCCGAAGGAAAGGAAGAAGAACAAAGCUCCGAGACCGCAAGUGGGGACUUUGAAAACACUUCAUCAAAGUGAACGUCAGGAACGAUGAAAAGGGCGCCGUGUGAACGUAAUAAACUUGUUCUCCUCCAAAACAGGA